UGUACCAUACCCCAGCUUCACCUUUGUAGAGGCGCUUGGCUUUCUCUGCUUGCCUUCCACCCUCUUUUGCCCCUUUCCAGUUGUCGAUGACCCCAUCCCAUCCCUUUCACCACCGUCUCUCUUCCUCCCCCCCUAGCUACACAGCCCCUUGUUUCCAGUUUCUCUCGUACCCGUCCUCCGAAGGCGUGAGAGAGAGAGAGACGGGAGGGAAACGGGGACUGAGAGAGAUGGGUGUACAAGCAAGAAUUGUCCCCAAUUCGGUGCCUGAAUUGCUCUCUUAGACUAGUAGCAGUUGGUGGUGCGUACUGACGCAGCUAGUGGUGGUACUGGUUGAGUGAUGCUGCAAUUUUAUAUUACCUAGCUAUCCCGGUCUUGUGAGGUGGUAGAUCAGUAGAAUUUUGCGUUUUGGGCAGGGAAGCGAAGGUGGUGGUGGCCAUGCUGCACCACCAUGGUGGCGCCGGGUACCCGUACAAGGCCCCGACGACCGAUGCAGUCUCGUUCUCGUUGCCGCCGCCGAUGGCCAUGCCCGUGUCUGUCACCAGCAUCCCGCCGCCGCUGACGCAGCAGCAGCUGGCGGGGACGAGUGCUUCCGAGGAAUUGCCAGCCGGCGGCUCAAGCGGCAACGCCGCCGCCUAUCUCCAAGAAGACGACUUGCCGGCCGACGUCGGCGUCAGCGGGGCGGGUGCGUCCGGCUCCGGCGGCAACCGGUGGCCGCGCGAGGAGACGCUGGCGCUCAUCAGGAUCCGGUCGGAGAUGGAUGCCGCGUUCCGCAACGCCCCCCUCAAAGCGCCCCUCUGGGAGGACGUCGCCAGGAAGCUCGCGGGGCUGGGCUACCAGAGGAGCGCCAAGAAGUGCAAGGAGAAGUUCGAGAACGUGGACAAGUACUACAAGCGCACCAAGGAAGCCCGCUCCGGGCGGCAAGACGGCAAGAGCUACCGCUUCUUCGCCCAGCUCGAGGCGCUCCACGCCGCGGCCCCGCAGCAGCAGCAGCAGCAGGCCACGGCCAUGACGACGGUGCAAGGUGAUCCUCAGCCGUUGGUAACAAUGGCGUGGGCAACGCCCCCUGCGGCGCAAGCGCCACCUGGAGCCAGCCUGCCGGACCUCAGCUUCUCGUCGAUGUCGGGGUCCGAGUCCGAGUCAGACGACGAGUUCGACAACGAGGAUCAGGAGAGCCUCGGCAAGGGCGAGAGCGACGGUGGUGUGUGCGACAAGGAGAUGAUGGCGCUCUUUGAGGGAAUGAUGAGGCAGGUUACGGAGAAGCAGGACGCGAUGCAGCGCGUGUUCCUGGAAACGCUCGAGCGGUGGGAAGCGGAGCGCACGGCGCGCGAGGAGGCGUGGCGGCGGCAGGAGGUCGCCCGCAUGAACCGCGAGCGGGAGCAGCUCGCCAGGGAGCGCGCCGCCGCGGCAUCCCGCGACGCCGCUCUGAUCGCAUUCCUCCAGCGCGUCGGCGGCGGGCACCCAGUGCAGAUGCAGCUCCCUCCAGCCACCGCAGUCGCCGCGCCCACGCCAAUGCCUGACCGCACCCCUCCGUCUCCUCACCACGACGUGGCGACGACCUCGCUUCAGCCUGUGCCCGUGCCGCCCAAGUCGGAGGAGUCCUGGACAUCGUCGCGGUGGCCGAAGGAGGAGGUGCAGGCGCUGAUCCAGCUGCGGAGGGAGAAGGACGAGCAGUACCAUGACGCGGGGUCCAAGGGGCCGCUCUGGGAGGACAUCGCCGCCGGGAUGCGGAGGAUCGGGUACAACCGAAGCGCGAAGCGGUGCAAGGAGAAGUGGGAGAACAUUAACAAGUACUUCAAGAAGGUGAAGGAGAGCAACAAGAGGCGUCCCGAGGACUCCAAGACCUGCCCUUACUUCCAUCAACUCGACGCCAUGUACCGCAAGAAGCGCUUCGCCGGCAGAGGCAGAAGCACCGUACCUGGAGCGAAUAUGGCCGGCGUCGCCGCCACCGGGCCGGAGAACCCGAACCAGCGCGAGCUCGAAGGGAAGGCCAGUAAUGAUAUCGACAAGCGGAACGACGGUGGAGAGGGAAGCGUGCAUGCUCCUCCUGGCAGCAGCGACACGGCGCUUGCUGACGGCGCCAAAAACAAGAAAUCAAAGGACAUUGUGAGGGAAACAAACGCGCAGCCCCUGCAGCAGGAGUUUGCAGCGGACGAGACGGACAGCGACGAUAUGGGAGGCAGCUACACUGAUGAAGGCAACGAUGAAGACAAAAUGUAGCAGUACAAGAUGAACUUCCAGAAGCCUAACGCGAUCGGCAGCGGCAACGCCCCUGCACCAGAGACGACUGCGGCAGCUACCAGCUCAGCUGCCCCAACAAGCAGCGCCUUCCUUGCCGUUCAGUAGACGGUAAUGCAGCAGGACCGCUGCCAGCUGACCAACAUCAGUGCAUCACCAUCUUCUUCGGCCCAUAAUCACCAAUUAUAGAUGUUCUCCCUGUGAUCUUGGCAUCAUCCGACUACGAUUUAUUGAUUUAUUUAUGUAAUAAGUAUCAGCCAUGAAAACCAAAAAAACAAAUAAGACAGAAAAAUAGAAGAGUUAGCAGAGAUGCCUAGAUAGAAUUUUCCUUUUCUUUUUCUAGAAAUACCGGUAUAACUCAUAGACGUAUACACUCACACACCAUACGCACGCACUCACAUAGUGCCUACUGAAUAUUAGAGAUACGGAGCUUGAAGGAUAAUGAAGUUAUCAUAGACGUUUCGCUAUCGACGAGUGAAUUUUCUUUUCUCUUAACAUAGGUCCUUUUAUACUUUAGACUAUUUUUAACAAUUGUAGAUUCAUGCGGCAGUGUUAACUUUCUGUAAUACUUUCCGAUUCAAUUUGAUCAGAAAUUUGGGGUUCGUUUGGUUUGUUACCAA